AUGGCCAAAGAAAAAAUAUUGUGUCCUACAACUUUUCCAACCCUGAAUAGAAGCAGAAUGUUUCACAAACCCAAAGGAGUCAAAAUAAAAAUUAAAAAGAAGCCGAUGAUUGCCACCGUGUCAAAACACUACCAUGAGAUGAAGCGCAGGAUGUGCAACACAUAA